GGGCGAGGUGUGUAUCACGUUCCUGGGAAGGUUCUACCAGAGUCUAAAGGACAACGAUGUUGACUUCACACCUGCCAGUAUUGAAAAGGAGCUCUUGAAAUCCUGCAAAGAAGCAAAAGGCAAGGAGAACCGCCUGUGCUAUUAUGUUGGGGCCACAAGUGAUGCAGCCACCAAAAUCAUUAACGAGGUAUCAAAGCCCAUGAGUCAUCACAUCCCUGUGGAAAAGAUCUGUGAGAAACUAAAGAAGAAAGACAGUCAGAUCUGUGAACUAAAAUACGCCCAGCAGAUCGACCUGAGCACCGCCGACCUGCGCAAGCUGCGGGUGAAGGAGCUGCGGCGGAUCCUCGACGACUGGGGCGAGGCGUGCAAGGGCUGCGCCGAGAAGUCCGACUUCAUCCGCAGGAUCCACGAACUGAUGCCCAAGUACGCGCCGCGGGCCGCCGGUGCCCGCGCGGACCUCUGAGGGGGUCCGGUCCGAUCCGG